CGCCGCGCUGUGGCUGUAGCGGCCAGCCAACAGACGACCUGCUGGGUAAACAACAGUGGAUGCCUCGGAAGGCAGGAAUGGGAACUUGGUUCAGGGCAAACAGGGAGGCUUUUCCGUCUUGGUAAACGGCGACGGAACAUCCAGCUCUCCUCCGACCUUCUGAAGGUUGAUGGGACGCCGCAGCGAGCCACCAUGGCUGAAUCUAACCGAGCAUUUCAGAAGUAAAGUGGAGCUAGCCUUAGCUUAGCCCGCCGCUACGGAGGGCCCCGCCGCCUUCGGUUUCGUCUCUCGGCUCAGCUCGGGACCGUGUUGUCACAACCUCCCUCCGGUCGCGAUCUCAGCGCAGGCCCCGGGGCCGUGCUGCCGCCCGGGCUACCACCCAGAUAAGUGACCAUUUCUCCCCCCACUCCCCACUCCACUCAGGAUUUCACCGCUCAUGUCGCGGAGAGGACAGCGGCACGUUUAGAAACGCAGGACUCGAACCCAGGUGGCGUGAGAUGCUGCGGACGAUAGCCUGAGGAUUGAUGCGCGUGAGCCUGGAGACGGAGACGGAGCUGCCGCCAUGAAGAGCGAAGUGCCACCUGAGGCCUCUAGCAGACAGGAGCAUCUGAAGGAGCCACUGGUCAACCCGGAGUCCAUGGAGGGGGCCAAGAACUUUCCCAGCAGCAUGGAGGUGAUCGGAAAGGCCGCCGGCGACUUUGAGCCCCUCUGCGAGUCGAGGCACCGGCCCCUGAGGGACACGGGGACGCACAGGGACCCGGAGAGGAGCCUGCCGGGGCGCAGGAAACGAAAAGGCCAGCAGGCGGGGCCGUCGGACUGCUCGCUGAAGGAGGACCAGCUCAGCGAGAACUCGCUGGCGCCCCAGCGGGCCCGGGUGGAGCUCCUGCAGCACCCCAGCGAGGACGAGCACAACAACGAGUCGUCGUUCAGCGACUGCGCCUCCUCCCCCUCCUCCAGCCUCCGCUUCGGAGACUCGGACACCCUCAGCUCGGACGACGACGGGGAAGGCGGCGCCACGGGGGGCCAGCACAGGGCUCCCGCCGGGGGAGGCCCCGCGGUGGGCCUGCGCCCCGGCCUGGGCCGGACCCGGGGCCCCCGCCCCCACAAGUGGGUGCGGGCCGAGCCGGAGCCGGUGCUGCUGAAGCGGCCGUGCCUGAGCGGCCGGCGGCCCCCGCACCGCAAGCGCUUCGUGAAAGCGGGCGCCGGGGGAGCCCCGCGGACUCAGAAGCAAAAGGAGCGGCUGCUGCUGCAGAAGAAGAAGCGGGAGGUGAUCGCCCGCCGGAAAUACGCUCUGCUCCACAGCACCAGCAGCUCCAGCGAGGAGCUGAGCAGCGACUCGUCCUCGCCGUCCUCCACGGAGGCCGAGGACGAGCUGUACGUGGACGUCAGCAGCGCCAGCAGCCAGCCCAACAGCGCCGCCGCCGCCUCAGGUGCGCUGGAUGAGGACGUGGUGGUGAUCGAGGCCUCGCCAGCUCCGGCGCCGGCGGUUCCUGCGAGCGAGGAGAUCAACGUCACGUCAACAGACAGCGAGGUGGAGAUCGUCACGGUGGGAGAUGGGUUUAGGUCUCGCUCCGUCGGGGGUCUGAGCAGGGUGUGGGGCAGCAGCUGUGCCCAGAGUCGUCUGCAGGAGCCGCGCGGACGUCACAGACUCUCCACCGUCAUCCAGCCGCUGCGCCAGAAUCCCGGGGAGGUGGUGGAUCUCACCGUGGACGAGGACGAUCUGUCGGUCGUGCCAACAACCUCUGGCAGCGCUCAGACUCAGACAGUAAGGUCGUCAUCCUCCUCUUCAUCCUCCCAUCACGCCUCUACCUCUGAGCUCAACGACGCCCCGGGCCCCUCCACCAGCUGCGCGGGUUUGGGACCGGAUGGCGUGCAAAGUCAGAGGGCGAGUGGUUCCGCUCGCACAGCCGCAGAGGAUGACAACAGACCGGGCUUGUCCGGUACGGGAGGAGAAAACUCAGGCACGGCCAUGCCCAGACUCCCAUCCUGCUGUCAGCAGCACUCGCCGUGCAGCGGGCCCUCUCCUGGUCACAUGUCCCUCGGCCACUCCCAUUCUAGCUGCUUGCAAGCGUCGUCCUCUCAGCAGACCGCCGGCUCACAGCACAGCCACAGCAACACUCACCACUUUGUCCACCACAUCCACCACCCUGCGCCCCAGCCCCCGGGAACCCUGCCCUUUCAGGAGCCCAGCUGCCCCGUGGAGCGCCCCAGUGCUCUGCCUGCCCCCUGCGCUGGAGUCGGCAACGGCAGCAACACCAGUAGCAGCAGCAAUGCAGCCCACUACCAUGACCAGCAAACCCUGCCAGUGGACCUGAGCAACAGCGGCGUUCGAGGCAGCGGAGCCGGCGGCGCUAGUUUCCAUGGCAGCACUUCGGCCUUUGACCCGUGCUGCCCAGGCUCCUCCUCGCGGCCCCCCGCGUAUGUUUCCCAUGCCACCCCAGGGCCCAGUCAGCCAGCUGUGGUGGACUCCUUCAGCUCCACCCUGGUGGCUCAGCCGCAAACACAACCUCAGCACUGCAGACAUUACAUGCACCCGUCUUAUGGCUCCCUGACUCGAUCGCUGCAUCAUCAAGCCUCCCCCGCCUGCCCUCACUCCCACGGGAACCCCCAGCUCACGCCUCAGCCUCCUCCGCAAGGCGAGUUCCUCAUUCCCCACUCCUUCCACACGCCACUGCCGUCCCACCCUUCGGGUCACUCCGUUCCCCCGGCUCCUCCGCCUCCGCUCUCUGCCCACCACCUCCCCGCCUCCGGCGUCCCCCUGGCGCAGCACCUUCCGUCGGACCACCAGACCCUGCAGCACCACAUGCCGCCUCUGGGGCCUUCGGUGCCGAGGCUGCAGCGAGAGAUGCUGCUGCAGAGGAUGGAGGACCAGAGGAGGAGGAUGAUGCAGCACCCCACGCGGGCACACGAGCGUCCACCCCCACACCCCCACAGGAUGCACCCCAACUACGGCCAUGGACACCACAUCCACGUGCCACAGACUAUGUCUUCCCACCCUCGCCAGCCUGAGCAGAGAACGACAUGGGAGCUUGGCAUCGAGGCCGGCGUACCCGUGGCUUCGUACACUUCAGGGCACCUGCACUCCCACCUGCCCCACUACCACCCUCCUCCGAGACUGCACCACUUCCCCAUCUCCCUAAUGCACACUACUGGCAUUUCUGAAGUGACCUACCCGCACAUUAGGUACAUCUCAUCUCGUAUGACUGGCUUUGGAAGAACCUACGAGGACCUGCUGCAUUUGGAGGAACGGCUUGGGACUGUGAACCGAGGAGCCUCUCAGGGAACCAUAGAGAGGUGCACCUACCCGCACAAGUACAAGAAGAAGGUGUUGGAGAGAGACAUUGACCAACAGUUAACCCCUGAAGAUUGGGCAUCUAUUGGGAAAAAUAUGCACGCAACCCCAGAAUCGAGAAAGCUGCACGGCAAGCAAGACGAAGAUGAGGGCGCAGACGAAGACACGGAGGAGAAGUGCACCAUCUGCCUGUCGAUACUGGAGGAGGGGGAGGACGUCAGGCGCCUGCCGUGCAUGCACCUCUUCCAUCAGCUGUGUGUGGACCAGUGGCUCCUCACCAACAAGAAGUGCCCCAUCUGCAGAGUGGACAUUGAGGCGCAGCUGUCGGCCGAGAGUUGAUGCUGUUUUCCCAACGACCCUUUCGUUUCUUCGGAGUUUAUUUUCACAUCAUAUUAACUUUCUCUUCAUUACCGCAGUCAACCAAAGAUGGCAUGAAUCACCCGCGCAGCUCGGCUACGAGCGAAACGAUAAACAAAACUAAAAAGAAGACAAAAAACGAAAAAAGAAAAGCAUCGAGCCUAGAGUGCCAGCUCUCACAUAGCAGAACAACAAUUAGAUUUCUCCAUCAUGGAUUCAAGAUUUUAUUGUAUUUAUGAAGCUUUUAUGUAGCUUUUUGAUUGUUUCCUCGAGCGUCAUUUCCGUUUUUGUUUCUCUGCAUGUUUCCUUGCAAUGCAUUUCUUUGCACAUUUUAACGUGGGCUCACACGGCCCGCCGAGUUGCAGGUGAGGGGCGCUGCUCUAGUAAAGAUGCAUUUCUGUAAACCUAAUGCCUUGCUUUACUAGAAUAGAAUGUCAACCUUCAGUUUAACAAAAAAAACGAAAAAAAAAAACAUUGCAGGAUUCAUUUUUCCAGUCAUUGUAUUAAUUAGUUUAUGUUUAUCAGAUGUGGAUUGUUAGUGAAAGAUGUUUUUUUUUUUUUUUUUUUUAAA